UACACUGGGAGAACAGAGGCAUCAGUGUAAAGAGUAUGAGCAUCUUAACAGAGCAGGUCUGCUGGGAGUGUCAUCCUUAAUCUGAGCGGUGCGCUGAAGCUUUGGAUACUGUCCACUCAUCAUCAGCCUGACUUGAAAAAUGUCUGACUUUGAGGAUUUCAGCAAGCCAGGAGGGCAGGUGAAUGUGUCUGACAGCUACCAGCUGAACCCCACCAGUGUGAUUGUUUCGGUGGUCUUCUCCCUCAUCUUCCUGCUGGGCACCAUUGGCAACAGCCUGGUGCUUGCUGUGCUUCUGCGGAGCGGGCAGGUUGGAUACAACACGACCAAUCUGUUCAUACUCAACCUGAGUGUGGCCGACUUCUUCUUCAUCAUCUUCUGCGUUCCUUUCCAAGCCACCAUCUACUCUCUGGAGGGCUGGGUGUUCGGCUCCUUCAUGUGCAAAGUGGUCCACUUCUUCAUCAACCUCACCAUGUACGCCAGCAGCUUCACGCUUGCUGCCGUCUCUGUUGACCGAUAUCUGGCCAUUCGUUACCCGCUGCGUUCCAGAGAGCUACGAACCCCAUGUAACGCAGUAGUUGCCAUGGUGAUCAUCUGGGGCCUUUCCCUGGUCUUUGCGGGUCCUUACUUAAGCUACUACGACCUGAUUGAUUUCGACAACAGUACUGUGUGUAUCCCUGGCUGGGAGGAGCAGAACCGGAAGGUGCUGGACACGUGCACCUUCCUGUUUGGCUACAUCAUCCCUGUGCUGAUUGUGAGCCUCUCGUACACUCGAACCAUCAAGUACCUGUGGACGGCCGUCGACCCUCUGGACGGCAUGUCGGAAUCUAAGAGGGCCAAACGCAAAGUCACCAAAAUGAUCAUCAUUGUCACCGUGCUUUUCUGCAUAUGCUGGCUGCCCUACCAUGUGGUGAUCUUGUGCUACCUGUAUGGAGACUUCCCUUUCAAUCAGACCACGUAUGCCUUCAGGCUUCUCUCUCACUGCAUGGCCUACGCCAACUCUUGUGUCAACCCCAUCGUGUACGCUCUGGUGUCCAAGCACUUUCGCAAAGGCUUCAAAAAAGUGUUCAGCUGCAUCCUCAGCAAAAAUGGCAGAAAUAAGGUUCAUGUGGUUCAUGUAGCCAACACUGUGCCUGGGUUUGAAGCAGGCUCCACAGAGGUGUCGCAAAUGAAUGAGGAGAACAUACGACAGAAUGAAUGUGAAAUGAUUAACAGGCCGAUCCCAGAGCCAAGAGAAGCCACAGUGACACUGAAUUUGCCCCUUCAGCGGCAGACUUGACAAGUGAUUCAGCUUUGCUGACAGGCUCACUACAGAUUGCCUUAUGUGAAAGACA